AUGUCAGCCUUUGUAGAAAGUGAGAAAUCAGAAUACAUAUUAUCUAGAGGAAGAAGAACUGGAAGAUGUCCGGAUGAAUAUUGUAGAUCAAAGUCUCCAAGCGGUCAGCCGGGAAAGUCAGUAGAGGAAUUGUGUACAUGUGGCAAACAUGUAUGCCCGAGUCCAUUACAGGAUUCAGUUUCUUUCCAAGCAGAGAGUUCAUAUAACACAGACUUUAAGCAGUGGGAACUACCAACUUUCCCAAAACCAGUUCCAGAGGAACUACCAAAGUCCGUUCCUUUUGAGUCUGACUCUAGCUAUCACAGGGACUACCGCAAGUGGGAAUUACCAGAGAAGGUGGUUAGGCCAGCAGAACAAUUCUUAGAGUCCCCUGAGAACCGUGAUUUCAUGACCAGUUACAAAAGCAACUACAAACAAUGGGAACUUCCGGAAUUCAAGAAACCUGAGCCACCUCCGGAGGUAGUCUCCUCCCCUUACGGUAAAAUCAACUCGGUAUACAGAGAAAACUAUCAACAAUGGGAUCUUCCUAAAAAAGUGGUCAAUCCUUCUGAAGUUUACAAUCCAUCCAAGGAGGAUAGAAACUUUGAGACCGUCUACAGAAACUCUUAUCAAGGGGUCCAACCCCCAGUUUGCCCCGUUAGUCUCCUUCCUCCCAUUCCUCAUCCUCCUCCUGGUAGGCACACUAUGUUCUGGGACUCAGUCUCUAAGAACUGGUACUAA